GACUAACGGGAGCCAGAGAGAAGAGAGAGAGAGAGCCGUCUUCGGGCGACUCACCGUCUCCUCCUCUAUCUUCUCCUCCUUCCUUCCUCCCUCCCUUAUCGCCGACCCAAUCUCGACCUCCUUCGUUCUCCCAAAUCGAAGCGGAGAGGGACAGAGAUCGGGGAUCUGUGCUUCCGUUUCACCGCUCGAUCCGACAAGAUGCAGACGGGUUCCGAGAAGGCGUCGCCGCUCGAUCUCUUGUCGGCCGUCGUCGCCUCCUUUUCCGGAGGAGAUGGGCUCGCUUCCGGAGCCGGGGAUGCCUUCGCGGAGAACCGGCUGCUGAUCGCCGUCCUCAGCACCGUCGUCGCCGUGCUCGUCGGUUGCGUGGCGAUAUUCUUCGUCUGGCGAUCGAGCGGGAGGAAGCCCGCCGAGCCGCCGAAGCCGCUGGUGGUGAAGACCCAGAUGGAUGCGGAGGAGGAGGACCAAGGGAAGAAGAAGGUCACCGUCUUCUUCGGGACGCAGACCGGGACGGCUGAGGGGUUCGCGAAGGCGCUGGCUGAGGAGGCAAAGGCACGGUACCCUAAUGCCAUAUUUAAAGUCGUGGAUAUCGACGAAUAUGCUACUGAGGAUGAUGAGUACGAGGAGAACCUGAAAAAGGAGAGCUUGGCUUUGUUCUUCUUGGCUACGUAUGGAGAUGGUGAGCCUACUGAUAAUGCUGCCCGGUUCUACAAAUGGUUUACAGAGGGGAAAGAGAGAGGAAUCUGGUUGGAAAAGCUUCAAUUUGGUGUGUUUGGUUUGGGCAAUCGGCAAUAUGAACAUUUUAAUAAGGUUGCUGUGGUGGUCGAUGAACUGCUUCAUGAGCAAGGCGCCAAGCACAUUGUCCAAGUGGGGUUGGGAGAUGAUGAUCAGUGUAUUGAGGAUGACUUCUCUGCAUGGAGGGAGCUUCUUUGGCCGGAGUUGGAUAAGUUGCUUCAGGAUGAAAAUGAGACAGGUGCAUCUACUCCUUAUACAGCUGCCAUUCCUGAAUACCGGGUUGUAUUUGUCAAGCCUGAAGAAGUUCCAUAUCUGGACAAAAGUUUGAGUUUUGCAAAUGGCCAUGCUAUUCAUGACAUACAACAUCCAUGCAGGGCCAAUGUGGCUGUGAGACGAGAGCUUCAUACUUCAGCUUCAGACCGGUCCUGCAUCCAUUUGGAGUUUGACAUAGAUGGCACUGGCCUUACGUACGGAACAGGAGACCAUGUUGGUGUAUUUGCGGACAACUUUUCUGAGAUUGUUAUGGAGGCUGCAAAUUUGUUAGGUUAUUCGCCUGACACAUAUUUCUCUAUUCAUGCUGACAAGGAGGAUGGCACGCCACUUGGAGGCUCUUUGUCACCUCCUUUCCCAUCUCCAUGCACUCUUAAAACCGCUCUUACUCGAUACUCUGAUCUUCUAAAUUCACCUAAAAAGAGUGCGUUACUUGCCCUUGCUGCACACGCAUCAGAUCCUAGUGAUGCUGAGCGACUUAAAUUUUUGGCUUCUCCUGCUGGAAAGGAUGAAUAUUCUCAAUGGAUUGUCGCUAAUCAGAGGAGUCUUCUUGAAGUCAUGGCUGAAUUUCCCUCUGCAAAGCCUCCUCUAGGAGUCUUCUUUGCUGCAGUAGCCCCACGUUUGCAGCCAAGAUAUUACUCUAUUUCCUCUUCUCCGAGGAUGGCAUCAAGUAGAAUCCAUGUGACUUGUGCAUUAGUUUAUGAAAAGACACCAACUGGAAGGAUUCAUAAAGGUGUUUGUUCCACCUGGAUGAAGGAUUCCAUUCCACUGGAAGAGAACCAAGAAUGCAGCUGGGCUCCUAUUUUUGUGAGGCAAUCAAACUUUAAACUACCUGUUGAUCCUUUAGUACCUAUCAUCAUGAUUGGACCUGGCACAGGGUUGGCACCUUUCAGGGGCUUCUUACAGGAAAGGUUGGCAUUGAAAAAUGAUGGGGUGGAACUUGGUCAUUCUAUUCUCUUCUUUGGAUGCAGAAACCGCAAAAUGGACUUCAUUUACGAGGAUGAGUUGAACAAUUUUGUCAAAACAGGCGCCCUUUCUGAGUUGAUUGUAGCCUUCUCCCGUGAGGGUCCAACUAAACAAUAUGUGCAACAUAAAAUGACUGAGAAAGCAACGGAACUUUGGAAUAUCAUCUCCCAAGGCGGAUAUGUAUACGUGUGUGGAGAUGCUAAGGGCAUGGCUAGAGAUGUUCACAGAGUUCUUCAUACUAUUGCUCAAGAGCAGGGAGGUAUGGAUAGCUCCAAAACAGAAAGCUUCAUCAAGAGUUUGCAAAUGGAAGGGAGAUACCUAAGAGAUGUAUGGUGAGAGAGAGAGAGAGAGAGCUCCUCCAUCAAUAGCUUCUCUUCUCCAAAAGUAAAAGAUUUCUCCUCCCAAAUUAAUUUGCUGCUUGGAUUGUGGUAUUCUUUUAGCGCGAUCGAUAGUUUUUUUAAAAUAAUUAUUAUCAUAUUCGUGUAUGCAUUUAUAUAUAGCUCGUCUUGCUAAUUUACAUAUUUUCAUUAUUUAGUAUAGCAAGAAGCUUAAGGGAAUGUCUUAAUUAUAUGAGGCUAUUACCCAUGUACUUAUACUAGUCAUUCUAAGGCAUAAAGGACACCUUAAUUUGUCA